GAGCGAUACGUUUGAGACAACAAUGCAUUGAAUGUCAAACUAAUGACAAUGUCUUGUGUUUGCCAUCACUUUCAUCACAUCCAACGCAACCACACGUAAGACAACAAGUCAUUGGUGUCUCACGUCAUGGACACAAUCGGCAAGAAGUUGUUACUGAGCGCUGGCAUCGGAUUGGGUGUCGCCGUGUCUUCGGUGUCGCUGUAUUUGCUGCUCAAACCCGAAGACGAGGAGGAAUUGGUCCUCAAAGAGUGCGACAAACGAAAGGUCAGACAAUCGACACAAUCGGUGCUCACCGUACGGGUGCCCAAGACAUGUGUGGGCGCUGUCAUCGGCAGAGGCGGCGAACACAUCAAACAGAUCCAGUCGGACACCAAUACGAAGAUUCAAUUCGAUGACCAAAACGCCGGUUCAGGAGAUAAUGGGGUCCAAGAGAGUCGGGUUUUGGUGAUUAGGGGAUCGCCUGAGAGUACCAUAAAGGCUGAGACUAUGAUCAAUGAUGUUAUAAGACACCAGUCGUUGGUUACGACCAAAACAUUCAACGUUGAGACCACUUCUGUUGGCGCUAUCAUCGGCCGCAACGGACAGACCAUUAGGGGUCUUUGUGACAAAUCUGGAGCUAAGAUAAAAGUGGAUUCAAAGAGCAAAAAGACAAAUGCGAUCAUGACUUCUGUGACAAUCAUCGGAACUGAUGAACAGAUCCAAGAAGCGGUUCUACUCAUCAACAAAGAGAUCACUCAAAACGACAAAUUCCUGCACAACAGACACCAAAGCAGUGCACAAAAACAAAUCCCAAAUUACAAAGUGUUGGCCAUUGAAGGCGAAGCCAAGGAUGGGUCACUAGAUUUAGACAAUUAUUAUGCAAAACUGGAACCAAUCAAUGAAUACCAAUUGGUCGAAGUAUUUGUCUCAUCCGUCAAGAGUCCGGACCAGUUCUACGUACAGAUCGCCGGUUUAGGCGCUCAAGAGUUGGACCACUUUAUGGAAGAGUCGACUGAUUUCUACGAGAAUGACGACAAUAGGAUCAGCUUUAAGCCGUUGUCUGUGAAGGUGGGCGACAUUGUGGCCGUUCCCUACGCUGGU